AUGACGGACUCAAUUGACCACUAUUACCAGAACAGGGAUGCGACGCCGUCGAAAACUCUCUGCAAUGAAGAUUCCUACAACAAAACAGCUCCUCUGCCUCCAUUAUCCACCCUACUAGAAAGAUCCGAAAGUCCAAGUUCGAAACGGGAUCCGACCAGUCCCAAUUCCACCAAAUCCACAUCCGAAAGCCUACGUCGCGUUACAAACUCUAGAGGUGCUGAAAGUAGCACAAGGGGCUCGAUGCGAACGAGUCCCAGUGACGGAGGUAGUGUAAGCAGUAGGAAUGGUAUUGAUGAAUACAAUCGACUGAUAGAUGAGGCAACUCGUCUUCUUUCCACCAUACACUCGACUUUCAUCUCAUCCGAGGCACCAAGGCAAAUCAAUAUUUCCAGUUCUCAUACUCGGGAAUUAUCACAUGAUAUUAAGAACGCGACAUAUAAUGUUCUUCCUGGCCUGCAAGAUAUUUUCAAUGAAUCACAGGAGCAGAUUGAAAAAUUACUAGCUAGCGACUUGUAUCCACGUUUUGUAAGACAUCAGGUUACUGCUUCCGCCACUAUGGCAUUGGCAAACGAUAGAGAAAGAUAUCCAGGUCUGGGUGACUGCUUUUGCUUGACUGAUCCGAAGCGGGCGGAUAAUCCAAUUGUAUUCGCUUCAGAUGGCUUCGUCUCUGUCACGGGAUAUUCUAGAACAGAUAUCAUUCCUCGAAACUGUCGUUUCCUGCAGGGGGCAUAUACUGAUCGUCAGUCAACAAAACGUUUACGAACUUCCAUUCAAAAUUGUGAAGAAACUGUUGAAUUACUCCUUAAUUAUCGCAAAAACGGUGAUCCAUUUUGGAAUCUCCUUUAUGUUUCCCCCUUACUCGACGGUAAUGGAGAUGUCAGAUUUUUUCUCGGAGGACAAAUAAAUUGCAGUACGACGAUUCACAGUCGUACCGACGUUCUUCGGAUCUUAAGUCUAAAUGAUGAAGAUACUGAGAGUGUGAAAGAGGGAAGUAGGAAAACUCCUAGUGUUCGAAGUAAGGAUUCCAAUAAUCAGAGUAUUUAUGGGAAAAGUUCCUUCUUUAAAAGCUUCAAAAAGUACAAUGCUAAGGCUGUAACAAUUCGAGAUGAAGCUGGGAUGGAGGGCGAAUUGAUAGAUAGGAUUGGCAAAUUACAAUUCAAGACACAAGUCGAAGAAUUUUAUACAGCCUAUUCAAAGUACCUCGUCCUAUCUUACCAACCGCAAUCACAAAAUCUCACCGUCAAAUUUUAUUCCCCAGGUAUAGUCGACAUGCUUGGUCUCAACCUCCCUAAUGGUGAAGUGGCCCCCAUAGUCGACAAAGACAUUUUCAAAAUCCUCACCGAACACUCCCCAUCAUCCGUGCCUCGGACAUUCAAAACUGUAGUCAAGGAAGGUAUAAAAGCAGGAAGAGCAGUAUCAAUCGAAACGAGUCUCUUAACUGGAAUAGAAGAAAUCAGGAAAUCGCAAGGAAUUUUCGGAGGUGCAACAAUUGAUCGAGAGAGGGGAUGGAAAAGAGCAGAGGAAAAAUAUGUUUGUCAUUUUACGCCUUGUAAAGACGAGGAAGGAAGAGUUGCUUGGGUGGUUUUGACUGUGGCGCCGAAGAUGUAG